AUGCAUCAUUCUUCAUCAGCCGCUCCCCCGUCUGGGAGUGCUCGCCCGCCUCGAGAUGGCGCUGCCUCUGCAACAGGUCGGGCUAUCUGCGACCCAGCUUCUUCACGAGGUCAUUCGCCCUCGAGUGCCUCUCAUCCCUCCGCCGCUUUGGCUGCUGGUGCCGUCCCGCCUUCUGCCUCUUCCCUCGAGGCGUCUUCAGCGUCAAGCGAGAUGCCCGCGCAGGCCGCUCUUUCUGGGCAGUCCUCGGGCGCAGAGGCGUCUUCGGCUUCCGAGGCUCGAGCCCUCGAUCCCCCCCGCCGACAUGGGACUUCCCUCUGCGCGGAUCUCGCCCCGAGUUUCAUCGUGGCGGGGCCCCUUCCAGGGCUGCCGCGACCAGGCACUGAGACGGUGCUGCCAGACCCCUCGUCCGUCGAGUCGGCUCCGCUGGCGGUCGACGGCGAGUCCUCCAGUGCGUUUUCGGCCUCAGCGCCGGCCUCGCUGACGGUGGGGCGCCCCGGCUUCUCUUCUUCCGGCGCAGGCUCUGGAGGGGGCCCGCCGCACGGCCGCACCGUCGUGACGGUGCCGAGUGUCUGUGGCAGCCGACGACGCUACAUGCAUGCGCUGCUUCAGCGCAGCGCGGCGUGGAUGAUGUUCAGCAAAGGCGUCCAGAGCGUCGAGCCCCAGUGCCUGGAGUACGUCUCCUCCUGGCUCGCUCUGCGCAUCGGCACCAUCGGCCGCCAGGCGAAGAUGUACGCCAACAUCCGCGGGACGAGCGCCGCCAACUACUUCGACGUCAAACAGGCUCUUUUUGACGUCUGCCCCUCCUCGUAUGCGGCUCUGUUCCGCACCACGGGCAUCGAGCCGGUCGCAGGCACUCAGCCGAAGGAAGUCCUUCUGGGGGCAGGUGGAAGAGGCCGGCGGGCGCGUGAGGCCCCCCUGGCUGGCUCCGACGCAAGGAACGGGCUGCAAGGCGUCGCCUGUCCUCUCGAGGAGGACGAACCCGUGGUCACUACGGAGGACUCGUGGCUCUAUCGUCGUCUGCUGGGGGAGCCGGCAGAUUUCAUCGCAGGAGAGGACGCAGGAGCUGUUGGCGGGGUCUCCCCCGCGCUCGCCCCGGGCCCGGCGGCCCUCGACGGAGCCCACGACGCGCACGCGGCGGGCAGCCGCCCAGACGAGGCUGCGUUCCGCGGCCUGGACAACGCCGCUGGACAAAGAGGGGGGGCGAAUUCAUCCCCCUCCGCCGAUCUCCUGUCGGCAGGGUCGGCUGCUUCGCCUCCGGACGCUGCGUCUGCCGCCACCGCGGGAGGCGCCGCUGUCACCGCAGGGGGAGGCCCUCACACCAGUGGAGGCGCAGACCUGCCGGGGCCUUCGCCUGCAGUUGGGCCCGAGCCCGGGGCCGGCGGAGGGACUCUCCCUGGCGGCCCUGGGUUCCCUCACCUGGGGCUGCAGGGGGGGGGUGUGGGCGGGGCAGGCGGUCCUGGGGGGAAGUCGGGGACAGGCAGGGGCUUAGCGACCCCUCUGCACGUGCCACCUUGGCUCCCACAGUUCCCCCCAGUGCACCUCUGGGAGUGCACGCCGACGCCAUGCCCGCCCGCCACGGACGCCUUCACUUUGGAUUUCAAAAGGCAGUGUGCGAAAAUGGAGCUUCAGCUUCACUUGCCGCAGCUUCAACUCCCGCAGAUGCCUCCUCCGUCGGUGAGGCGCGGCGACGGAGCUCAGUGGCGCGGGCGCAGCGACGGCGAAGGGGACGGUCUUGGAGCCGCGGGGCGGGAUGGAGACGAACCCGACGGCACAAGCAGGCCAGGAGGCGGGAAAAGGAGGCGCGCGGAACAGGGCGACGGCGAAGGAGAGAAUGGGAGACUCUGGGGAGUAUCCAGAGACCCUGCACAGACGGCGUCUGCGCAGCCUGCGAGAGAAGUCGACGGAGUGCGGCGCGGCGACGCAGAGGCAGAGCCCGGCGGCGUCGACCGGACAGACGAAGAAAUCAAGAGGAAAGAUAAGAGAAAAGAAGACGCAGGAGGGAAAGGGAAGAGGAAGAGAAUGAAACAAGAGGAUGAAGUCGUUGAGAGGGAGGCAACAGAUGAUGGAAGCCGGAAAAACCUGUUCCUUAGUUGGUGA